UCCAAUCUUAAGAGCUUCUAAAUUUAAUUUGGGAAGGAGCAAGUACAUACAGAGUAUAUAUGAACUCCCAUUACAACUGCCUUCUUAGGCAAAAAACAUUUGAGUCCGGAGCCUUCUUUUCCUGUGUUUUAAUUCAAUAUUUAAGGAGCGCCAUUUGAACACCGCCAUUGUUAUGGCCACUAUAGAGUUGCAUGUGAAAGACGACGCUCCUCUGCGUCAUCCCGUUUGGGGCGUGGAUUCCAUUUUCGGGUCCGGCGCCCAAUCCGAAACUUCUUCUGAUGGCUUCAGCACCUCCUGCGGGUCCGAAUUGGGCUUCACCAUAACCGAAACAGAGAGCGACGUUACAGGCGGCGGCGGAGAGGAAGAAGAGGAAGAUUUCAUUGCCGAGUUAACUCGGCAGAUGGCUGAUUACAUGCUCCGAGAUGACGAUGACGGCGGCGGAGGUGAAAAACCCAUUCUUCCCCAGGAAAAACCCUCCAAUGGAAGCUCCAUUUGCUAUUACGAUAACAGAGGAUUAUUCGAACCGAGUUCCGCAGUUCAACCCAGUUUCAUGCUUAACGAUUCGAUUAGACCCAUUGAAGUUUAUAAAUUACAGAACCAGCCUUCGGUCGUUGAACAGGGGAUCCAGAUUGCUUCGCGGGGAAGGCGAUCCAAGAAGGCCGGGUCGACCCGACGGAGAAAGGCGAGAACCGAGUCACAGCCCGACCGCAAAGACCGGCCGCAGCAGCCGUCAUCGAAAAAGAGUCCGCGAAUGGGGGGAGAAAAGGUGAACCCGGUGAAAAACGGGUCGGGUAUGCAGGCUAUAUUAAUUGGCGGGUCGGGGCUCCGGAAUAAAUCUCAUACUGUGGGGACAGGUGUUUUCUUGCCCCGUGUAAUCAACCAACAUCCAACUGAAACUGUGAAAAAAUCAGGAUGUUCAACUGCAUUGGUACCAGUGCGGGUAUUACAAGCCUUGCAACUUCAUUUCAACCAAACGGAGGCUGCUGUGUCGCAAUCUAAUGCAUGCAUUCCAUCUACUCCUUCUCCCAUUCCCUACCGGAACCCCAUGUUUGAUGGGAGAAAGAAGGGUUUUAUUCUUUCACAAGGAGAGCGACGCAAAACAGGAGAUACCCAUCUCCUACCGACAAAGGAAAUGAGCAGCCACGAGGAUCAGUUGCCUCAAGAAUGGAUCUAUUGAUGAAUUGAAGUCAUUGGAAUCUUUCGAGGCAGUCAUAUAAUAAUGGAAUCUUUAGCUAAGGUAGGAUCCUGGCUGGGUAGUGGGUUUAGGAAUUUAUAAAAUAAAAAAAUUGGAAAAACAGAAGGAAAAGAAACAAAUAAUUUGUACUUGUGAUUGAAAAUAAGACGUGACCUUGCCUGGACGUCUGAUUGUUGCUAGCUAAUAAGAAGAGGGGUCACAAUUUGAAUGGGGGUUGUUUGUUCCUCAGUUCCUCCGUCAAUUUGGAAAUUAAUAUUGAUGAAUAAUAGUAUGGGAGGGAUGACAUAUAGUCACUGUCCUCUAUAUUACAUGUGGCAUUUCUUUUUUUGUUCAACCUAAAAUAAACCUAUAUCAUCUUGAAAAAGUCUCUUUAUACACGCCGGAUUAC